AUGGUGAAGAUUAGUCCAGAUACUUUCAAGAGAUUGCAGAAUGACCCCUCUUGUAUUAGAAAUAUUUGUAUAGUGGCGCACGUUGAUCAUGGUAAAACAUCUUUAUCAGAUUCAUUACUAGCAUCAAAUGGUAUUAUAUCGCAAAGAUUAGCAGGUAAAGUCCGUUUUCUGGACUCAAGGCCAGAUGAACAACUUCGUGGUAUUACAAUGGAAUCUUCUGCGAUUUCGUUAUAUUUUAGAGUCUUACAUAAACAAGAAAAUUCAGAUAAGCCACUGGUUAAUGAACAUUUGAUAAAUCUUAUAGAUUCACCAGGUCAUAUUGAUUUUUCGAGUGAAGUAAGUGCAGCUUCUAGAUUAUGUGAUGGUGCUGUUGUAUUAGUUGAUGUAGUCGAAGGUGUUUGCUCACAAACUAUCACUGUCUUGAGACAAUGUUGGACUGAAAAACUAAAACCUGUUUUAGUUCUAAAUAAAAUCGAUAGAUUAAUUACUGAAUUACAACUUUCAUCCCAAGAAGCUUACUUGCAUCUGACUAAAGUUAUAGAACAAGUAAAUUCCGUCCUGGGUUCUUUCUUUAUUGGACAACAACAAUUAGAUGACUUUUCUUGGAAAGAACAGUUAGAGGAUGAUGCAAACACUGCAUUUAAAGAUUCAGAUGACUCAGAAUUAUAUUUCGAUCCUGCCAAAAAUAAUGUCGUUUUUGCUUCAGCAGUAGAUGGUUGGGGUUUUAAUAUUGGUCAAUUAGCUAAAUUCUAUGAAGUAAAAUUAGGUGCAAAAAGAGAAAAUCUUCAAAAGGUGUUAUGGGGUGAUUUUUACAUGGACCCAAACGAAAAAAUUUUAAACAAUAAGACCCUUAAAGGUAGAUCUUUAAAACCACUGUUCGUUUCCUUAAUUUUAGAUAACAUUUGGAAGGUUUAUGAAAAUACAGUAAUCGAAAGAAACAUGGAAGUUGUUGAAAAGAUAACAAAAGCAUUAAAUAUUACUCUUCAAAGCCGUGAUUUAAUGUCAAAAGAUGACAAAAUAUUAUUGAGAACUAUUCUAGGCCAAUGGUUACCCGUUAGUACAGCCAUAUUAAUUACUGUUAUCGAAAAGUUACCAUCUCCAUUACUUUCACAAGAGGACAGAUUGGAUACCAUUUUAGGUGCCAAUAUAGACCAAGAAGAAGUUGAUGCCACUUUGUUGGAAGGGAUGAAAAAGUGUGAUAGAAAUGGACCUUCAAUUGCCUAUGUGUCAAAGAUUUUAUCUAUUCCAAGAGAAGAACUUCCAAUGAAGGCAUCUGACAAUUCUCCUGAGGCUAUAUUAGAGCGUGGUAGAAGAGCACGUGAAAUGGCCAUGAGAGCAGCCAAGCGUGCAGAAUUGUUAGAGAAAACUUCAAAUUUACAUAUUUCUGACUCAGACAAUACCUUAAAAAUUAAAGAUUCAGAUUUAUAUGAAAGAGCAGUUGAAACUGCAACUACGCCAUCUACAGAUGAAAUACAAAAGACUGUAACUGGUCAAAAGAAAACAGCGAAUGAUAGUUUUUCAAUUGUUACUGAAGCUGCCCCCGCAUUAGACUUAGGUUUUGAAUAUGAAGAGGAGAAUGUCGAGCACGAAAAUGAAAAUAGUGAAGAUGAUUUUGUACCAGAUUUUGAGCCUCCUGUAAUAGACCCAAAUGAUCCACUAGCAUCUAUGUUUGAGUAUGAAGAAGAAGAAGAUCCUUUUGAAAUAAGUGAGAAUAACGAGAUUAAUGUUGCACUCGAAGAAGAGGAUGAAGAAGAGGAUUUGUUCGACGAAGUUGAUGAAGUUUUGGUAGGUUUUGCCAGAAUUUACAGCGGUUCGUUAAGAGUAGGACAAUCAAUAUCCGUUUUAGGACCUAAAUAUAAUCCUAAAUGCCCUACUGAACAUAUUCACUCGGCCGAAAUAACUGAUUUAUAUUUGUUUAUGGGUAAGGAAUUAGUACCUUUAGAUGUAUGUCCUGCUGGUAAUAUUGUAGGUGUUGGUGGAUUGGCAGGAAAACUUUUAAAAAAUGGUACAUUAGUUGAUAAUAGUAUUCCUGGUAUUAAUUUAGCUGGUGUUAACCUUCAAAUACAACCAAUUGUCAAGGUUGCUGUAGAACCUAAAAAUCCAAUGCAAUUAAAUAAAUUAGUUCGUGGUUUAAAAUUACUAGAAUUGGCUGAUCCAUGCGUUCAGACGUAUCUUGAAAGUUCAGGUGAACACAUUCUGUGUACGGCUGGUGAAUUGCAUUUAGAGAGAUGUAUAAAGGAUUUACAAGAAAGAUUUGCUGGAAUUGAAAUAGCUUGUUCAGAACCGGCUAUUCCAUACAGAGAGACAUUUAUUUCCGAUAGCAACACGAAUCCAGUAAAAAAUGCUAAUUUUGAGAGAGGAACUGUUGAAAAAGCCAUUGGACCCUACAAACUUAGAUUACGCAGUGUUCCAAUGAACAAUGAUGCUGUUAAAUAUAUUGAGAAUAAUGCUGAUAUUAUAAAAGACUUUUUGACAACUGAUUAUAUUCAAAAUCAUGAAGGUGAAACGAAACUGACGAAGCAAGAUUUUAUUACUAAGUUGAAAUCAAUUCUAAAGUCUGGAAAUUCAGAGAUUGACAUUUGGGAUAAUCUGGAAUCAGAAAUUGUUUUAUUUGGUCCAAAGAGAAUUGGUAAUAAUAUUUUGAUGUCGAAGAACAAUUUAUUAAAUAGUCCAUUUUUGAUAACUGAUGGGGCUUUUGAAUUUUCUGAUUCAGUUAUCAACGGAUUCCAAAAUUCUGUGAAUGAAGGCCCAUUAGCCAAUGAAGUUGUUCAAGGUAUGUGUGUGAUUAUAGAAGAUAUAUAUAAAAUGUCUGAUGAAGAAAUUGCAUCGAUUGAGGACCCAACAUACCAAAAGGAAAAUGUAGAUUUAUCGGGGAGAUUGAUUAACGUUACAAGAGAUACAAUUCACACUAGUUUCUUAGAUUGGUCUGCAAGACUAAUGUGGGCUAUGUACUCAUGUGAUAUCCAAACAUCUGUCGAAGUAUUGGGUAAAGUUUACGCAGUUGUUCAACAGAGACGUGGUAAAAUCGUUUCUGAAGAAUUAAAAGAAGGUACUCCAUUUUUCCAAAUCGAGGCCCAUAUUCCAGUUGUUAACGCCUUUGGUUUUAGUGAAGAUAUCCGUAAAAAGACAUCUGGUGCAGCACAACCGCAAUUAGUUUUUCUAGGAUAUGAAUCAAUUGAUAUUGAUCCAUUCUGGGUGCCUACAACGGAGAAAGAAUUAGAGGAAUUGGGUGAUACAGCUGACAAAGAAAAUCUUGCCCGUAAGCAUAUGAUCCAAAUUAGAAAAAGAAAAGGUUUGUUUGUUGAUGAGAAGGUUAUUACUAAUGCCGAGAAACAACGUACUUUAAAGCGUAAUUAG